CUGUUAAUAUACUUGUCAAGCAUGAUUCGUGCUGUUAUCGCUCUUCAUAACUUGAUUGACAAUAAAAUCGAAAAUCUCAAAGGCGAAAAUAACUUACAAGAAGAACAACAACAGCAACAACAAGAAGAAACUAAGGAAGACAAAACAAACGAAAAGAAUAGUAGCCAAGAUAGUAUGCAGAUUGAAUAAAUCGUAAUAAUAAAAAAGAGGGGUCACAGUGGCUUAAAUGACUCGUUUUCUGAACACAGCCCAGUCUUGUGUGUAUUUUGAUAUAUUCAAUUUAAAAUUUUUUCUUUCUCUUUCUUUUACUUUUAUUUAAACAAUGGCUCCCGUCAAGUCCAAGAAGAACGCUGAAUCCAUCAACUCUCGUCUUCAACUUGUUACCAAAUCCGGUAAAUACACCCUUGGAUACAAGUCUACCUUGAAGACUAUCCGUCAAGGAAAAGCCAAAUUGAUCAUCAUUGCCGGUAACUGCCCUCCUCUUCGCAAGUCUGAAAUCGAAUACUAUGCCAUGUUGUCCAAGACUGGUGUUCAUCACUACAACGGUAACAACAUUGAUCUUGGUACUGCUUGUGGUAAGCUUUUCCGUACCAGCGUUCUUUCUAUCACUGAUGCUGGUGAUUCUGAUAUCUUGUCUGCUCAAUAAAUGGGAUGCCUCCCUUUUUUUCUCCUUUGAAUUUAUUUUGUCUUGUAUAAAGAUGUUGUUGUGAUUCGAGAAGCUUGUACGCAUAUCCAGAUGUAUCACUGAGCGCUUCAAAGGAGAGUUGAACAUGCUUUAGCUUUGUAUAUGAUGAAUACGAGAAAUGUUUAUGAGAAGCUUGCUGCUAAUCUCCAAUCGAUAUUGAGAAAG